UCUUAGAGCUUGAUGAGACAUCAAAGAUGCCCCUCAUCCCUGGCCAUUACCAUUCAGACUUUUGUCUUGCCACUCAAUUUCAAUGAUUCUGGGAAAGGAAGGCUGAUGAGAGAGUAUCUGUGCCAUUCUUAAAUCCAAUCCAUUAGAAAGUUGACCUCAUCCCAUGAGGUCAUCAGUCCUCGUGGAAAAUGAAGGAAAACAACAACUGAAAAGUUGUGGAAAUAUGAGUAAUUACUCAAUGUCUACCUACUGUCUUCCCAAUGAAACUAUAAGUUCCAUUGAGGGUGGGGUGGGUGCUGAACAGCACUGAGGCUUCAUCUUGUAUAUCUUAUGUAGCCCCUACAGCACCUAAUACAAAGCAGGACUUAAAAUAACCUGAAGGGAAUCCUUGUGAAUUGAAUAGAAUGCAGGUGUAAUUUGCCCUCUCUGAUCCCCAAAGUAAACUCAGUACAGAAAUGAUGUUACCAAUAUUCCAACUUUAAAUAGUCAAAUCUACCAAUAAACUUGUUUUAUGACAUUGAAUAAGUCAUUUGUUCUCUCCCUCAACUGUCAACUGAAUAGACCGGAUGCUCUAACAUCAUAGUUAUGAUCUGAGGUUCCUUCUGCCACUUAAAAUUCUGUUUAAGGUUCCCUCCAGCUCUAAAAUUCUAUCUUAUCUUUCAGACUAAACAUUUUAUGUUCCUGACAUUUAAUAUUCCAUGAUUCUGUGAUUCUAAAGAUAUUCAUUCAUUGUCAUAGCACUGAUUUCAGUAAAUGUCUGUAAAUGAUGAGAUGUCCUGGUUUUCUCUACCUUUGUUCUAUAGAACAUAUAGUAAUAUGUUCUAUAACGUUUUUAUAUCUUCAUUUUUGGGAUCAGACCUGUGAGAAUGCUGAUCUGCUUGGGCAGAGGUCGAGCUAACUCUCCACAAUCGAAUUACCUGGAGCACUGAGGGGUUGAGCAUUGAGAAUAUCAUAGCCAGGAAUUGCAAUUCUCUAGCCACUAUAUCACCCACCCCUCCUUUCCAGUCUUAUCUCACAAGUUAUCCUACCACAUUUUGUACUUCAGCCAAACUAAUCUCUGACAACAGAAUACAAUCUCAGGCCUCCCUGCAUUUACCCAUGUAGAAUAAACUCUUUCUGCUGAUUUCUUGUCUAUCCUUCAAAACUCAAUUCAGGGGCAACUAGAUGGUAUAGUAGAUCUAAAGUACUUGCUCUGGAGUCAGAAAGGUCCGAGUUCAAAAGCAGCCUCAGACAUUUGACAUUUAUUAGCUGUGUGACCUCUGAUUAAUUUUUUUGGGGGGGAAAAAAGCCCUUAGAGGGCCACACAGUCAUUACAUGUGUGAGGACUUCCCAACUCCUGGCUUUCUACACAUUAUAUCACUAUUUUAUGUAAAUUUUAUUUCCGCCAGCACCUAGCAUACAUCAGGAGUUUAAUAAAUAUUUGUUGACGGGCAGCAUCACUGAAGCCUUUUAAAAAAUGUUAAUCCUGUAUUUGGAGAGCCAGAUGCUUCCCUGAUUUUCUAGAAAUGUUAGAAGUACUGAGCCAGGCGUGGAAGACUUGAUAGCUUGAAUGGGUUGUACAAUGCACACUGUGCAUUCCCGUCAUGGAUGCAUGGAGUCAUCUCUCCACAUCACGGCUGCAGAGGCUUUAUAGUGAAAGGACUGAAGUGAAUGUGCCAUGGAAGACUUAGACGCAUAACUUAAGGUGGCGGAGGGACACGGAACUUAACCUUUGAUUUGACAGAUGGGGAACUACAACCAGGGAGAGGAAGUGCAUUUUCCCAAGGCACAUAGCAGAGUAGUGGAAGGGUGAUGGCCGUCGUUCGUGGGAGUACAUUUCUUACAGGAAUGAUUUGCCAUUUCCUUCUCCAGCUCACUUUACAGAUGAGGAAACUGAGGCAAACAGGGAGGAAUGACUUGCCUGGGGUCACCCAGCUAGGAAGUGUCUGAGGCCAAAUUUGAAUGCCGCUCUUCCUGACUCUGGGUUCAGCACUCUCCCCACAGUGCCUCCAAGCUGCGGGACAUUAAUGAGGACUGACCUCCAAAGGGGAUGGAGUUCCACAUUACGGGAGGUGUCCAAGUAGAGGUUGUGCAAUGACUAGUCAAUGCUUUCAGUGAAGCUCGGGCUACUGACUCUGAAGACCCUUCCAGGGACAAGCCAGGCCUUUGGCUUUACCCCCGCCCAAGUCCUGGUCACUCUCCAUUCCUCAAUGCCCAUGGGUCCCCCUGGGUUCUAGGGGUCAAAGGGGCAUCUGCUCCCGACCCCCACUCAGGAUAAAGGCCUCUGCCCACUCUCUUGAAGUUGGACAGUGGCGUCAGCUCUGGGGUCUCCUAGGGUCGUAGGGAGCUGCGUGUAGCUGGGCUGGUAAGGGUAGCCCCUGGACCAGGCACACGCGGCGGUAUCCUGGACCCGGCAGAGGGGCGCAUGCGUGGCGGCUGGAGCCUUAUGAAUGGUGUGACUUGUUUGCCAAGAGUUUGGGAGCAGGUGGGCAGGGUGGGGUAGGGCGGGGCGGGACGGAGAGGAGGUGGAGUCCAGCCGGAGAGGGCUGGUCUGGGGAAGCCAGCGCAUCACCACUCCAAGAGGUGGGCGAGAUGGAUGGACUGAAGAGGGAGGUCGGAGAGAGCGAGCACGCGCCAGGAGGGGAAAAAGAGAGAGGAGUGCCCCUACUCUGGGGAAGUGGGCGGGGCUCGAGUGAGACCUGGAGGGAAGGAAGGGGGCGGUGGGCAGGGCCUGAAAGGGAAGAAACGAAAGAUGGGCGGAGCCUGAAGGGGGAUAAAAAGGAGGAGCGAGGGGAAUGGGCGGGAUCUGAGAGAAAGCCAGAAGGGGCGGGGACUGUGGAGGAGGCCGACGAAGGGAGCGGAGACAUGGGGAGGGGGCGGAGACACGGGGAGGAGGCGGAGUCAGCGCGCGGGCGCGGAGGGGCUGGGGGGGAGGGAGGGAGGAAGUCACCGCGGCGGCUGCGGCGGCGGCCGAGGGGGCGGUGCGCUAGCUCAGUCAGUGCGAGGAGCGGGCAACGGCCACGGCGGCGGCUGCUGGGGCGUCCCACGGAGCCAUCCUCAUCCCUAUCUCCACGCGCGGGAGUCGGCGGGGCGCGCGAGAAACAAAGAGAAGCCCCGGGGCAGGGACAGGGGCCGACCUCAGAGCGCCCGCAGCGGCUGGAGGCACAGCGGGAGCCCGACUCAGGGAUCGGACCUCCGGCAGGCAGCCCGUCGGCGCGCGGGCGCCAGGCUCGUCCCCUCCGCUGCUCCGCUGCUGCCCCUGACGGGCCCGCCCCGGGGCGAGAAGAUGCCGCGAGUCGUCCCGGACCAGAAGAGCAAGUUCGAGAACGAGGAGUUCUUCAGGAAGUUGAGCCGCGAGUGCGAGAUUAAAUACACCGGCUUCAGGGACCGGCCGCACGAGGAGAGGCAGGCGAGGUUCCAGAAUGCCUGCAGAGACGGGCGCUCGGAAAUCGCUUUUGUGGCCACAGGAACCAAUCUGUCUCUCCAGUUUUUUCCGGCCAGCUGGCAGGGAGAGCAGCGACAAACACCUAGCCGGGAAUAUGUCGACUUGGAAAGAGAAGCAGGCAAGGUAUAUUUAAAGGCUCCAAUGAUUCUAAAUGGUGUUUGUGUCAUCUGGAAAGGCUGGAUUGAUCUACAGAGACUGGAUGGCAUGGGUUGCUUGGAAUUUGAUGAAGAACGAGCCCAGCAGGAGGAUGCCUUGGCUCAGCAGGCCUUUGAAGAGGCUCGGAGAAGGACACGCGAAUUUGAAGACAGAGACCGGUCUCAUAGGGAGGAAAUGGAGGUGAGAGUUUCACAGCUGCUGGCAGUAACUGAUACUUUGAGGGGAGAAAGCCCUGUGAUGUAAAAAGAGAAAAAACUUUGGCACUCAAGGGACCUCUACUGCUUACUGCCUCACAGACCAUGGGCGAGUCAUCUUCUGUCUUUUGGCUUCUAUUUCAUCUUUUGUGAUUGAGGGAGUUGAACAAGAUCGUCUUUCAGGACUCAUUCAGAAUCAUUUAUAUUAAUCUGUUUGUUAAUUUGUACCAGGAAUGUUUAGUGCUUAGCUUCUGAGAAAAUAGAUUUGUUGAACACCUCUUUGUAUUUUGUUUGUUAGAUACAUUUGUAACUAUUUUUAUGAAAAUUUACUUUUACAAGAUAUAUAAAGAAUGACAAUUUAUUUUACCAAAAAAUUUUUCAAUUUACAUAAAAAUUGAUUUCUUCUGUUACAUUUAAAUUUCAUUUAUAUAAGUUUAACAAAAAUACAUUUCCUUGGACACUUGAUAUUUACUAGCUUUGUGACCCUGGGCAAGUUAACCCCAAAUUGCCUUGCCAAAAAAAAAAAAAAAAAAAAUUGUUGCAUAAAUAAGGUAGAUGUGUGUUUAAAAUGUAUUAGAUGACUAGCACUUGAAAUUAGGCCAAACGUAUCAUUUUUAUGACUGACAAGCAAAUAAAUCAAAAGGGCAUGUAAUGUUAUAUAUAAAGUUCCCAGGAAAUUCAUAUUUCAACUUCUCUUUGUACCUAAGAUGUGGGUGGAAUAUAGACGAUAUGGAAAAAGAAAUGCUUCAUAAUGUUUUCCUGAAAAUUUUCCAAUCUUAGAAAUUUUGGCCCCAUUUUAAAAAAUACAUAUUUUUAUAACAGUGAACUUUCCUUUGAAUUCUGAAUUGAAUGCUAAAUUCCAGGUACUGUGCUAGGUUCUGGGAACACAAAGAUAAGACCAGAACUAUCCCUGUUCUAAGAAAGCUUCUGUUUUACUGGGAGAAGGGAAGGCCAGGUUAUGGAAGAAAGCUAGAUCAGUGACACCAAUGAGAAACCUUUGUACAAAGGUCACAACUGCUCUAAGCAAUUUGGGAAAGGCAAGGUUAUGAAUAGUUGAUAGGUUAGAGCUAGACUGCAAAAAGCUUUAAUUGAAAGGAACUUUCACUGCUUUGAGGCCGUAUGGAACCACUGAAAAUGCUUAAGCAGGGGAAUGGCAUGAUUUGACCCAUGCCAUGUGGCAGAUUUAUUGGAGAGGAAUGGCAAGAUAGGAAAUGAGUCCAUCAUUAUUGCAUUUAUUUACUGCUUAUCAUGUGCCAAGAAUUAGACUAAUAAAAGUUAAAACAAUCCCUACUGUCCAAGUCCUUCUUUUCUAAUAGGUAUACACAUGAUAUAUUUAAAAAAAAAAAAAAAGAAAAGAGUUGUGAGAGAGGAGAUACUAGCAGUCAGGAAGACUAACUAGGGCAGCUUUAUAUACAUUGUAAAAGGUGGCAUUUGGCUGAGUCUUAAAGGAAGCCAGAGAAAAAUGCAGAGGCAAAGGUGAGGAAGAAGAUUCCAUAAAAGAAAAAAUAAACCACACAUACAAAAGAAAGAUGGAAUAGAAUAUUUCUAGAACAUUAAGAAAACCAGAGUGUCAGAAUUUCAGUUUGACAAGGGGAGCAGUAUGUGUGUGUGUAAAAUCUGGAGAAAUAGGAAAGGGAAAAGUUGUAAAAGAGCUAUAAGUGCCACACAGUUAUUAUUAAGAGAUUCUUGAAGCAAUGAGAUCAAUAAAGAGAGAUUGUUACCAAUAGUCCAAAUAAAUGAUAAGGAAGACUUGGAUAGGAGUAUGGCCAUAUAUGAAUGGAAAAGAGAGGAUAGUGGAGGUGGACUCAACAAGUCUUAGCAAUGUAUUUAAUGAGAGAAGAAAAGGAAAGGAAAGAAUCAAAAAUGAAUCUAAAUUUCUGAAUUUAGGUAUCUAGAAGGAUGUCAGUGGUCCUCCAUAGUAUCAAUCAGCACCUCCUAUGUACCAGGCACUGUGCCAGGUGCUUAGCUAGAGUCACAAAGAAUGAAAUAACUCCUUCUCCUCCACAAAGGUUACAUUCAAAUAGGGUGUACCAAGAACAUAUAACAAUACAGGCAGCACAAAUAUUAAGUGAAUAAAGACAAAUAUAUCCAGAGUAACCUCAGAGGGAGGGCUUCAUGUAAAAUAUGGUGCCUCAUCUACAUCUAAAAGAUAGAAAGGAACUCUGAAGCAGAGAUAAGGAAAGGGUGAAUUCUAGGCAUGAGGGGUAAUCAUUGCAAAGACACUGAAUCAAGAAAUGGAGUGACCUUUUGUUUAAGUUCUAUCUGAUUGCUUGCUAUCUUGGAGAGGGGGGAGGUAAAAGAGGGAGUGAGAACAUUUUGGAAUACAAAAUUUUACAGAAAUAAAUUUUGAAAACUUUACAUAUAUUGGAAAAAACAAAAUGCUAUUGAAAAUUUAAAAAAGAUAAACAUAAAUGGGGGAGUGGGAGAAAUGGCAUGUUCUGUAAAUUGUAUUGCAAAAUGUGGCAAAGACUUUUUUAGUGGGAAGUAAGUUAUGAGUUUUAUUUUGGAUAUUUUGAGUUUACAGUAGCAAUGGAGUAUCUAAGUGGGGAUUAUUAGGAUGCAGUUGGGUGAGAAAGCAUUGGACAUUGAGCACGUAAAUGAUGCAAUGGAUAGAGCACCAGUGCUGAAGUUAGAAGGAUCUGAGUUCAAAUUUGGUCUUAGAUACUUAACACUUGCUAGGUAUGACCAUAGGCAAGUCAUUUACCUAAUUGAUUUUUUUUUUAAAUCACACACAAGGAUGGAUAUUAGGAAGAAUAGUGCUGGAUAUUUGUAUUUGUGAAUCAUUGGCAUAGAGGUGAUAAUUGGACUCAAAGAAGCUUAUGAGUUCUUCAAAGGAGAAAGUAUAUAGUUGUGUUUUUUUAAAAGCAGUCCUAGGAGAAAGCACAAAGGAGCAUCUACAUUUGAAAUUUAGGAAUAUAUGAGGAAUCAACAAAAGAGUAUUCAGCUAGACCGGGAGAAAUGGAUCAUGGAAAUCAAGAAAAGAAAGUAUCAGCAUCUCUGAGAGAAAAGGAACUUUAAAGGCCUUUUAAACCAGUCCACAAAUUUUCUAGUCCUUCCCAUAUACUUGACAGAUAGUCCUAGAAAAGUUUGUUUUAUGAAAAGUUUGAAAAGUUCCAGUAAGAAGGAAUCCAUUACCUCAAAUAAUUUGGUUUUUUUAAAACAUUUGGAUAGCCUAAUUCUAGAAAGUUUUCCCUGAUGUCAAGCCUAAAUUGAUUAUCUGUGCAACUUUCAUUCAACUGUUCUUGUUUGUAUUUUGGGAUUUUGGGGAGAAAGUCAUUAAGCUUCAUAUUUGGAUUUCAAAAAUGGGUUCAAUUCUUGACUCUUUUACCAAUUCCGUGGGUGACCAUGUCCUUGUUAUUUCUCCUUCCUUGGCUUCAGCUCUAAGUAUAAAAUGAGGGAAUUGGAUUAGAUGACAUCUUAAAGUCUCUCAUGGCUCUAAAUCUAUGUAUGAUCCUAAACUAAUUCCUCUAAUACUUAGCCCUUUAGAUAUUUAAGGUGCCUAUCAGAUUACCCUCUUAAGUCUUCUUUAGGCUGCACAUCCCCAGUUCUUUCAGUAGAUUCUUAAGCAGCAUGAACUCAAGAUUCUUUCCAUCCUGGUAACCCUUUUCUAGAUGUUCUGAUUAAGCAGUGUCCAUCCUAAAUAAGUGUGAGUCCCAGAUCAGCAUAGGACACUAAAUAUGGUCUAAUGUGGCAAAAUACAAAAGAAUCAUAACUCUUUUAUUCCUAGAUAUUGUGUUAUUCUUGAUGUAUACUACUUGAUUAUGUUAACUUCCUUGACUGCUAUAUCACACUGUGUCUAAUUGAACUUAGAGUCUACUAAAACUCCUAGUUCCUUUUCAAGUGAACUGCUAAUUUAUCCACUCAUCAGCACUUAUAAAAUUGAUUUUUAAAAUCCAAAUUAAGGCUUUAUUUUCUUCACUAUCCAAGAAUUCAGCAGUGUAUAAUCCCUGACUUAGAACCAAAGGUCCAGGUUUUUAAAGAUUAGGUUUGAUCUUGGGGAAAGUAUCUCUUUUUAAAAAAAAAAAAAAAUCUUCCUUUUGCUCAAGCACCCACCAAAGAUCUCUUCUCUGAGAAUUUAAAUGUAUACCAUAUGUAUAUAGAUCCCUACCAAAAAAGUAAAAACUCAGCCAAAACUCAAGACUAAAAAUAUAUGGCAUCCAGGACAAAUUUUAUGUCAUCCAACGUUUGCCACAAAGGAAAAGCCCAAUUUCCCUAGGAACCUUUGGUCCUUCAGACUUAACAAUAAUAUUUGUAAUUAAGGUCUCCUUGGAAAGGGAAAACAAUUAUGAGUCACUUCUGUCCCCAAGCCCCCUCUUAGUCCAUUUAGAAAUGGCUGAACAAACUGUAGUAUUUGAACAUUGAAAUGUUAUUAUGUACCAAGAAAUUAUAGCUAAUGAUGAAUUCAUAGAAAUCUAGAAAAGAUUUAUGCCCUGAGAGAGUAAAAUAAGCAGAGUCAGAAGAAUGCUGUCUAUACACAGUGACAAGAUCACCAAAAAGAAACUGCCUUUCUUGAUGUCCUAAUUCUGCCGAGAGCAUCACCAUUCCUCCAGUUAUCCAGAUUCACAACUUGUAAGAGUUAUUCUUUAUCUAAUCAGCUGCUAAUUUUUAUCAUUUUCACUUCCACAAUAGCUCAAAUUCAUCAGAUAAACUUGUUUUAGUAAACAUUUUUUAAACACCUACUCUGGGCUGAGUUUUUAUUCAUCCUUUAUUUUCAAAGAGGACUAAUGAUAUUUAAAAAAAAUUUUUUUAUAACUUUUUAUUGACAGAACAUAUGCCUGGAUAAUUUUUCAACAUUGUCCCUUGCACUCACUAAGGUUCUAACUUUUCCCUUCCCUCCCUUCACCCCCUCCCUUAGAGGGCAGGCAUCAUACUUGUUAAACAUGUUAAAGUAUAUCUUAGAUACAAUGUAUGUGUGCAGAUCCGUACAGUUCUCUUGUUGCACAAAAAAAAAUCGGAUUCAGAAGGGAAAAAUAACCUGGGGAGAAAAACAAAAAUGUGCAAGUAGUCCUCAUUCAUUUCCCAGUGUUCUUUCUCUAGGUGUAGCUGAUUCUGUCCAUCACUGAUCAAUUGGAACUGAAUUGGAUCUUCUCUUUGUAGAACAAAAUGAUAUUUUUACUUGUUCGUGAUUUGAAUUUAAGGGAGGCAGUUGCAUUAAAUACUCAGCCUCACUUUCUCCUCCAAAGUCCUCAAAGUCUCGUGGCAAGACAAAAAUCAAGCAGAUUGGAGAUGGCCUAGGGUGCAGUGGAUGACGUUAGUGUUUUUAAUGUCUGACCAGGCUCUAAAUAUUCCACAGCACCUGAUUCAAUCUCCUUCAUGGCUGUUGGGACAAAUUUUCUCACAUACGCCCUGCGUUCAAUUGGGGAAAGUCUUCACGUUUGCAGUAGUCACCGCUGCCGUGCUCUCCCUAUCACGUCACCAAAACAUUUGAGAUUUGUCAGUUACUCUCAACCUGUCUGCCAGGACAAUUUUACUCAGAGUUGGCCACUAUGCAUGCUGUAACUUCUUGGAGCCAUGGUGACAGUUGGAUGACAGGUGGACAUCAAAGGUAGAUGAGCAGCCCUGAAAAGGGUUCCUCUCCUUAUCCCAUUGAGGGAAAAGCAAAGUGGGAAGCAUUAUAAACUAUGCUGUUUAAAAUGGAUUGUUAUUAUUUUUUAUUCUACUUCCACACGCUUCACUUUAGAUAAGGAAAGUGAAAAUUAGGCUAUUUCAGAACCUGAAUUGAAUCCCUUACAGACUCUGGGAGUGUGUAUGGUAGAAAGUUGGAGGAAGUUGUAGAGUUGUAUGUUUUUGUGUAGUUAAAUUUUUUAUGUCAAUUUGUUUUCAUAUCAAUUUGUCAGAAUACUGAUUCUGAAUGUAUUACUAUGCUUUCAUCCUUUUUGCUUUCCAGAAGGAAGCAAAAUUAAAAUGGAGUACUUUUUUUUUUUAAUUUGAAUAUUCCAAUUAAGAUUUGCCUUCAUGGGUAGGCACAUAAUACUGAAACAAGCAUUAGAGAUUGUAUAUUCUGUACUCCUUAUUUUAUAGAUAAGGAAGUUGGGGUCCAGAGGACAGUGUUUUUCUAAAGAUCUCAAAGCAGUCUAGAGCCUGAGCUAGAACCUAGAACCUCUUGUCUCCUGACUAUAGGCUCUUUGCUUUCUUACUGUACCCCACUCUGCUUCAAAAGGUGAUGUGUAAUCACUACCCAAAGAGAUGUACUAUAAACAAUAACUUCCUAGGAGCCCUGUGAGAGAAACUAGGGUUAUUUUGCCUAUAAAAGAGAAGGCUAAAGAGAUUUAAUAAGUUCUAAGUGGGUGGUCCCUGUUGCCUGGUUAGAGGGAAAGACAAAGUAGCAAUACUAAAAGCAACAGUCCUACUCAAGAGUCUGGGAUGCCCCUGAUAAGAAUUACUUAAAUACUAGGAAAAGAAACUGAACUGAUCAAAUUAAUGAGUUUGGGGAAACUCAUUAGGUAAGUGGGCAGAGGGCCUGCUUAGAAUCAGGAAGAUGGAGAUUCUGCCAAAGACACUGACUGUAAGGUACAUUGUGUAAGUCACUUUACUCCACAUGCAGAAUAGGAAUGAUAAUAAUAGCCUGUGUUUCUGGAUUGUUGCAAGGAUCAAAUGAGAUCAUGUAUGUCAAAAACCUUAAAGUAUCUGUGUCAGCUAUUAGUCCUGCCUGGCUGUGCUUUUACUCAUCCAAGACAGAUCAUUUAGAAUUCAUAAACUUAAGUUUAUCUUUUUGCAAAAUAUGGAAAAUAUUUAAUUCCUUUACUGUAAGUAUCAAAUAGACCAUAUCUGUAUUGCUUUUCUGCUGAAUUUCUGCAGUUAAAUUUUCUUUCCUUCUUAAGAAGUAUCAUGAACUUAUCCCUAUUGGAAAACAAUGGCUCGACUUGGCAAAUGAGGGAUACUUUCUGCAGUAGAAGGAAUAAACAUGAUUUACUCUGGGAACCUUGGUUAAAUUACUGUUAAAUCAUUGGCAUGCGGGAAAAUGAUUUGCAGAGCAGUGGAAUAAAAAGUCCCAGAGUUCUAUUUCUGUGUACUCCUGCAUUUCCACCCAUACUUGGCUCCCAGUGCCCCUUAGUCUUCCAAAAGAAUUAACUCCUCUGUGAUGUUAGUUGUGAAGAGAAGAAUAAAGGCUUCUCUGCCUUUAACCCUAAUUGAAAUAAUAGAGGCUUAAAUUGUUCUCUCCUAACAAGUCUGAAAUUUUCAUUUUGGUUCCAGUUUUAUUUCACUUUUCUGGAUUUGUCUAUAGUCACUUUAACCUGACUAACUUGUAUAAAGAAUAUUUUCUCAUACCCUGGUAGACAUGAUGAUUUAAAAUAUGAAAAUUUUAAUUCUGUUCAAUAAAAAUCUUAGCUAUUACAUUUUCCUAAUUUAUAUGGUUAAGUUUUUGAACUUCAAUAAUAUUAUCAUAAGAUUCAGUAUUUAGGAACUGUAAUUUGGCACUUAAAAUAAAUUUAAUUCAUAUAUAACUUAGAAUCUUUUGAAAACUAUAUUUCAUCCCUUAUGUGUCAGGUUAUGGGAAUUUAAACUAUGUCAUCUGUGUCAUGGUCACUACUUAAAUCUGAAUGCUUCAUCUUAAAAGAUAGAGAACUUAUAAUUUUAAAGUUUAAUGGGGACUGGUACUUUUUUAAUAUAAAAUAAUUAGUGAGGUUGGACUUUUAGGUUUUGAAAUAAGCCUCUUCAGUGUUAAAAGGUAAUUCAUGACUUAAAAUAUCUGUUUAAAAUUAGAAAGAAUUUAAGACACUAGUAAUUGAAAUGACUUUAAUGGAGACCAGAUUGUGUAGUUCAAUGGGGGAAAAAUCCUUGCAAUAUUCCACCACCCAGCUUCUGUCCCAGGAACAGGCGCCAGCUUUGGUCUUUGGAAACAUUCAUCCACUGUUGGGCAGCAUAUGAAAAUAAUCACAUGUAGUUGGGUCUGUCUUAAAACAUUUCUUUCCUCAGUAAAGUUUCAUGCUUAUCCUUCAGAUCUCUAUGUAGAUACUUUCCCCACCAUAACAAAUAGGUAAAGUACUGCCAAAGAAUAAGUCCUAGUUGAAUAUUUCAAAUAGACUGCACUGAGGUAUGGGGCCAGAAAAUGGGGAAAUAGAGAGAGUGCCAGAAAUGAUGGGCAAUUGAUUGUGUUUAAGGAAAGAUAGUUUGAACAACUGAAAAUAAAAUUAUUCCAGUAGCUGUUUUUAAAGAGAUUAUAUAUGUUUACAUGUUUGUUUUCAUUGGUUUUUACACCAAUCAACACUUUAAAUAAAUUGAUUCUACUGUGAAAGAAUGUUUAUGCUAAUGUAAGAUCUACCUUGUUACCCAAGCAGCGGGAGGUUUUCUAUGCUUUGUAAUCUGUAACUAAUCAGAUAUUUUAAUUUAAUUUUCUCUAUAAGGUUUGAUGGAAAAAUUACCCAAAUUUUCAAAUGUGAGGUACUUACAAGUAUGUACCAGAAUUAGUAUAAGUGAGCCAAUGUGUGUUCUGAUGUGUGCUUAUGUAAAAAUGAUAGCAAAGUCCUUAAAACUACGUGGUAUAGUGAGACUGGUGCCAGAUGAUAUCACUUAUACUUGGAAAGAUAACUCAAACUUUACUAUAAGAGUUCAAAACUUUUAAAAUUUCCCAUCUAUUUUGCCCAGAAGUUACUCAGGACAUUGCAAUUCUAAAAAGAAGGCUCUCUAAAGACUUAGCAGAGAUUGUGUUCUGAUUAUAAAAAUGAUGUUUUAAUUCCUUUAACAUACCUGAAUGUGUGAUAACCUAAAUUUACAGAACAAGGACACUCAGAAAAAAAUAUUAAAUGAUAUCUAAUGUUGAAUGCCCUCAAAAUUUUCUCAUCUAUAAAUUCAGUAUAAUAAAAAUUAUAAAACAUUUUGAA